AUGGUAGUGGAAUUGGAUAAAUGCCAGGAAUUUGAAGAUGAAAUAGUUCCCAUUUUUUCUGCAAAUGAAAUUAUUGUUCGUUUGUGUUCUAAGUGGACUGAAAACAAAGGCACUAGAAUUUGGUAUAAAAAUGACAGCAAGACACUUAUAUCUGUGGAACGAGACUCCAGAAUUCAUCAGUUCAAAGAUAAACUCUGGUUUGUUCCUGCUAAGGUAGAGGAUUCAGGACAUUACUAUUGUGUGGUAAGAAAUUCAACUUACUGCCUCAAAGUUAAAACAACUGUGAAAUUUGUGGAGAAUGAGCCUAACUUGUGUUACAACACACUAGUUACAUUUCCACAGAAACUACCCACUGGACAACAUGGAGCACUUGUGUGCCCUAAUUUGAAUUUGUUUAAAGAUGAAAAUUAUGAGUUUCCCCAGGUCCAGUGGUAUAAGGAUUGCAAACCUUUUCUUCUUGACAAUAUAAAAUAUAUUGGAGAAGGAAAUAAACUCUUCAUAAUUAAUGUCACUGAAGAACAUAAAGGGAUAUAUUCUUGUCAUGCGUCUUAUAUGUACUUGGGAAAACAAUAUCAUAUUACCCGUGUAAUAGAAUUUACUCCUACAGAAAGAUACAAAUGAAAUAGAAAUGAGAUAUGUCACCCAAGCAAUGAUACCCUAAUACUGUUGUUAGGAUCCCAGACCCAAUUGAUCUGCAAUGUCACUGGUCAGAGUUUUGUCCAGUGGUGGUGGAAUGGAUCAUACAUUGAUGACGAUGAUCCAGUGUUGGCUGAAGAGUAUGAAAUAGUGGAAAAUCCAACCAGAAAAAGGCAAACAAUAAUCUUAAUGCUUAAUAUUUCAGAAGUGGAAAGUAGAUUUUAUCUAUACCCAUUUACCUGUACAGCCAUGAAUGGACUUGGCAAAAACGAAGCAUAUGUCCAAUUAAUACAUCCAGUCCAUGAUUGCCAGAACCACGUGAUUGGGAUAUUUGUCAUGUUGACAGCAGUAAUUACGUGCUCCAUUUUCAUCUAUAAAAUCUUCAAGGUUGACAUUGUGCUUUGGUACAGGGAUUAUUGCUAUGCUUUUCUCUCAGAAAAAGCUUCAGAUGGAAAAAUCUAUGAUGCUUAUAUAUUGUAUCCAAAGACCAUUGCAGAAGGAUCCACUUCUAACUCAGAUAUUUUUGUGUUUAAAAUCUUGCCUGAAGUCUUGGAAAAACAAUGUGGCUAUAGCCUGUUCAUUUAUGGAAGGAAUGAUUAUGUUGGGGAAGACAUUGUUGAGGUCAUUGAUGAAACCAUAAAGAAAAGCAGAAGACUGGUUAUCAUUUUAGUCAGAGACACGUUGGAAUUCAGCUGGCUGGGGAGCACAUCUGAAGAGCAGAUAGCUCUGUAUAGUACUCUCAUUCAAGAUGGAAUUAAAGUUAUCCUGCUUGAACUGGAGAAAAUCCAAGACUAUGAGAAAAUGUCAGAAUCAAUUAAAUUCAUUAAGCAGAAAAACAGACCCAUACGAUGGUCAGGGGACUUUACGGAGAAGUCACAGUCUGCAAGGACAAGAUUCUGGAAGAAUGUAAGGUACCACAUGCCAGCUCAGCGGAAACUGCCUUCAUCCACCCACAGCUUACUGUCUCCAGCCACUAGCUCAAACUCUAUGGAGAAAUUGCAAAGAGAGGUCCAUGUGCCUCUUGGGUAG